UAAAUUGGCGCGUCACUCCGACGUCAGCCUCUCCUCUCUCGGACGUCCCGUCCCGGGAGCAAAACUCCGGCGACUUUGGGCUCCGCCCCUGAGAGGAGGCGACCAAUGACGGUGGGCCAAAGGGAGCCAGAGCCAAUGAGAAGCGUCUGGGGCGGGGCGCGCGGCAGGGGGCGGGGCGGGCGGCGACGGUGGCAGCCCGAGGUCUGGCCGCGCGCAGUCUAUGACAGUACGUCAGCAGCGGGAUGGCCGUAGCUGCGGCGGCGGCUGCAGAAGCCCGAGCAGCCGCGGCCGCAGUGGAGGCUAGCGCCCAAGCGACGUCGGCGCUUGCACCCCGGGGAGUUUAAGAUGGCGGCGGGGGGGGCGGCGGGCCUGCGGGAGGAGCAGCGUUACGGGCUGUCGUGCGGGCGGCUGGGGCAGGACCGCAUCACCGUGCUGCAUGUGAAGCUCACCGAGACGGCGAUCCGGGCGCUAGAGACUUACCAGAGCCACAAGAAUUCAAUUCCUUUCCGACCUUCAAUUCAAUUCCAAGGGCUCCAAGGGCUUGUCAAAAUCCCCAAGAAUGAUCCCCUCAAUGAAGUACAUAACUUCAACUUCUACUUGUCAAACGUGGGCAAAGACAACCCUCAGGGCAGCUUUGACUGCAUCCAGCAAACAUUCUCCAGCUCUGGAGCCUCCCAGCUCAAUUGCCUGGGAUUUAUACAAGAUAAAAUUACAGUGUGUGCAACAAACGACUCAUAUCAGAUGACACGAGAAAGAAUGACCCAGGCAGAGGAGGAAUCCCGCAACCGAAGCACAAAAGUUAUCAAACCCGGUGGACCAUAUGUAGGGAAAAGAGUGCAGAUUCGGAAAGCACCUCAAGCCGUCUCCGAUGCGGUGCCUGAGAGGAAAAGGUCCACCCCCAUGAACCCUGCAAACACAAUUCGAAAGACACACGGUGGCGGCAGCGUUUCUCAGCGGCCUUACAAGGAUAGGGUGAUUCACUUACUGGCACUCAAGGCCUAUAAGAAACCUGAGCUGCUGGCCCGACUGCAGAAAGACGGCGUCAGUCAGAAAGACAAGAACUCCCUGGGAGCAAUUCUGCAACAGGUAGCCAAUCUGAACCCUAAGGACCUGUCCUACACGCUGAAGGAUUACGUGUUCAAGGAUCUGCAGCGAGACUGGCCAGGAUACAGCGAGACAGACAGACGGUCUCUUGAGUCCGUGCUUGCCAGAAAACUAAAUCAAUCUCAGAAUUCUACUGGCGCCAGCCGUUCAGAAUCUCCCGUAUGUUCUAGUAGAGAUGCUGCCUCCUCUCCUCAGAAACGGCCUUUGGAUUCAGAAUUUAUUGAUCCUUUAAUGAAUAAAAAAGCUCGAAUAUCUCACCUGACAAGUAGAGUACCACCCACAUUAAAUGGCCAUGUGAAUCCCACAGGGGAGAAGUCCCCCGCCAGCCUCCCCCCGCUGCCCGCAGCCGCUGCCAUCCCGAGCCCUCCGCCACUGCCUCCCACCCACUUGCCUGUCUCGAACCCACCGCAGACUGUGCACUCUAACUCCAACUCCCCGAGCACUCCAGAAGGCCGGGGGACUCAAGACCUACCUGUGGACAGUUUCAGUCAGAAUGGUAGCAUCUAUGAGGACCAGCAAGACAAAUAUACCUCUAGGACUUCUCUGGAAACCUUAUCCCCUGGUUCAGUUCUACUCAAGUGUCCAAAGCCUAUGGAAGAAAACCAUUCAGUGUCUCACAAAAAGUCCAAAAAGAAGUCUAAAAAACACAAGGAAAAGGACCAAAUAAAAAAGCAUGACAUUGAGACUGUUGAGGAAAAGGAAGAAGAUGCUCGAGGAGAAGAGGAAAUUGCCAAGCUGAAUAACCCCAGUCCAGAUUCCAAUGAAGGAGUUAAAGAGGGUUACACUGCCUCCAUGGAGCCUUCUUCAACAAUUGAACUCCCAGACUAUUUGAUAAAAUAUAUCGCCAUUGUCUCCUACGAGCAACGCCAGAAUUACAAGGAUGACUUCAAUGCUGAGUAUGAUGAGUACAGGGCUCUGCAUGCCAGAAUGGAGACGGUAGCCCGAAGAUUCAUCAAGCUGGAUGCACAGCGCAAGCGCCUUUCUCCGGGCUCGCGAGAGUACCAGAAUGUUCAUGAAGAAGUCUUACAAGAAUAUCAGAAGAUCAAGCAGUCGAGUCCCAAUUACCAUGAAGAAAAAUACAGAUGCGAGUAUCUUCAUAACAAGCUGGCUCACAUCAAAAGACUGAUCGGUGAAUUUGACCAACAGCAGGCAGAGGCGUGGCACUAGGCUCUGCCUGGACCAGAAGAUGUGAAUAAACUUAAGCUUAUUUAUUUAAAAUUCCAAAUGAGUUGUUAUAGAUUCUAAAAAAUUGAAACUUUGCCUGUUAAAAGUUUCAGUAUUAGUAAACUUGAGUUACUUUUUUUUUUUUCAUCUUACUUUGCUUCCCUGCAUUUUGAAGCUGCUUUUGCUAGUCCUUCUUUUUUCCUCUCAAGACUUGUGUUUGUUAAUAGAAAUAAUUUUUUAGAUAUUGGGGAUCCAGUGUUUAUAUACUUCAAAUCAUUUUUUUCUUUAAAAACUUGUGUUUGUCAUUAGAAAUGAUUUUUUAGAUAUUGGGGAUCCAAUGUCCACACUUACAAGUUGUGUGUGUUAAAAAAACAGUGAUGUGUAAGGUGAAAUGCUUUUGGAUAAACAUAAGCCUAUUUUCUGACCUUUCUUAAUGCAAACUCUUUGCCUUAAAUGGUAGAAUAUUUAGAAAUUUGCACAAAAUACAAAAAAAUUAAAACAUUGUUUGGGAGGGUUAAAAAUAGGAAGUCGGAUAACUGUGGGUAUGUGUGCAGGCUUUUCUGCACAUACGGAUAUCCACACUGACUUGGUCUAGACCCUUAAAUCCACCCUGCGAGUUAACCCCCCAUUGCAGUGUUGCCUUAAGGUGUUUGCUAGUCGUGUACAUCGUGCGGUUAACCAUUAGCUACACUGCUUCUGGAUGAGCGCAGCCUGUGGCCUCCCGGCGUCUGGAAGCGUGUACUCGGCCUGUGUGUGUGCAGAGGUGAUGUGGGUGUGUGUGUGCCCAAAGGAAACAGCCACUCCUCGCAGGAGGCCAGACGCUCAGGUUAAACAACUGGUGAGUGUUCCUGGAGGGGUGUUGUUUCCUGUCGAAUGGCUACUUCUACUACAGAAGACAAAAGCAUUUCCAUUUCAAAGUUUGUCAGCUUUAUUAAUGUUGGACAAAAAUUGAUAUGUUAUAAAAAUGAAACAGAUCUAUAGUUUUGGGGCAAAAUUAUAAAAUGAAAUGUGUAGGUAACCUAUUUAUAUACUGCUAUAAAGUAUUUUUUGAAGAGAGAUAUGCAAAGAAGCUAUUACCUACAUGAGAUGUAUAUUUAAAGAGUUUUUUCAUCCUGGAUGCCAGGAAUAUAAAAGCGGAUAUAUUUAACCAUAACAUACUGUGAUUCAUCAAAUAGCACAAACUUUCAUUUCAUGGAGUUUAUCUGUUGAGGCUGAUUUCAACUCUCACUGGUUUUAUCAUGUGGGAACAUAAGUUAUGUGGUCAAAAAUACAGGAGUUUGAACUAAUGUUGAUUCAAGUUGUGUCGUCUCAUUGUAUUGUCUUUUCAAAGUGCUGCCAGUUGAAAAGGGAAGCAUUAUGUUUACAAAUCUGUUUUGAAAUGUUUGCCAAAAUUUUGGUAGUAUCUUUAAUAAAGAUGUCUGUCUCCAGCAUCCAAGAAAAUAAGUAAACAACUUUGUCGUGUAUCACUAUAAACCAGAAAAUGUUGGUAUAUAGGAAAUGUUAGAGACCAUAUAGAUCUUUUCUCUUUGGAGUUCUUGCUAAAACAUUAACUACACAGAUUAGACAAUAUAUUAAAAGUAGCAUACAAAAGGAUACAGACUUUUCAAAGACCCUUUCCUCUACAAUUCUAAAACCAUCCUACAGAAAUUUGAUUUUUCUGUAACUUGGACCUCCUUGGGAAUUUUGUUUCUUUUAGCAUUGAGAUCCCUGGUCUUCCUUUUACCUCCGAAUUGGUACAAUCAUUACUAAAUAGUAACUUAUUUCAAACUUUUAGUUGCAAAAAGAGAGAAAAGGAAGCUUAGUGGGGGAUAAGUUUGCUUCCUGUAUUAUGAUGGCAGUCUCCUGAGGGCCUUUUCUACAGGUAGUAACUUCAUUGUGUUACUUCUUGGACACAUUGGCCUUUUAAUUGGAGAUGGUGGCCUUCUAUGUGCUGUGAUCAUUGUUUUCCAAAAGCAAGCUCCUUGGACUACUUAUAUUACCCAAAUUAGAACCUCUGGCUAGGGCCCAGGUACCUGCAUUUUCACAAGUUUCCUGUCUGACUUUUGCAAGCUCAAGUAUGAGAACCUUAGGCUUGGAUGUGGCUCUGAACUUUUAAGUCUAUGUAUCUGGAAAUUUUGAACUGAAGGUCAGCUGUUGGCUUUUAUAUUUUUCUAACUCAUCUCUGCAGCAGGUGCAAAUAAAUCACUUUUCCCCUCUACAUACUCAGAGGCACCCAUUGGUUAUUUCACUGCCAACUCUUAUUUCAGAACCUGUUUACAAACAAGCCUUCCUGUUAAUCAUGAGACCGCGAGCUCCUACCACCUACAUCAGCACAUAGUCUGGUUUACAAGUUGGGUAACAUGGAAGCUGGAGAUGCUCUAUGGAAAUCCAGCCCUGCACACCCAUAGACUUGACCACGUACCAGUAAAAGCCUUACUUUAGAUGUUUGUUGUGUACAUUGGACAGAUCCUUGCAAAAGGUGUGACUACCAGUUGCAAAUCUGAGAGCUGCAAAUCUCAAAAUAUGCUGUCACCCGAGAUUGCAUUGCCUGGGUGUGAGCCAAUUAAAAUAUUUCUAAUCCUUUUUCAUCCCAUGCUAUAAGAUUUUUAGAUUCCUGCAAAUGUUUGCCAUAGGAAUGAGUUACCAUUUAGUAUCAGUUACUCUGAUGGAAGAAUAUAAGUUUUUGGUUUUGUUUUGAGGAAGACUUAAAUAGAACACAGCAUUGUCGAUAUUUAAAAAUGAGUUGUGUGUUUAAUAUUUCAUUAAAAAUAAUUUGAAAUCUUGAAGGUUUUUACCAACACCCACAAAUCUCCAUAUUGCAUGAACAGUUAAUUUAAACCAAAUUGAAGAAAGCAUUAUGUGGGGGGUUAUGUAGGGAUUUUACCUCUAUCCUAUUGAUUAUUUCCCUUAAAAUGCUUCAGAAGUGCUUUCAAAUCUUCACAUAGUAAGAGAUGUCCAGUAGUUUCUCUCCCAGAGGUUUUGGGCUCAUCAGUUUUUAUCACUGCUCAUGCAUUGAUCAUAAAAAUUCAGUAUUAAUUUUUUUCCCUCUCUAGUUCAUUGUACAACCUUUAUAGGAACUUUCUUUUUCCGAGAAGUGUUUCACCCUAUUAUAUAAAACACAUGCAAGAUGUUGGCAUGAAGUUUAGACCCAGAUGACAGGCCCAUCCGUUCAGACGUCGUGAGGCGUCUUGCCCAUCCAGAGUAUCCUGUGCUCGCAGAGCUCGGCUGAAUCUCUGGCUGGUUCUGGGCAGCGGGCAUGUCAUCUCUCGGCCUGAUUUCUGCUUCAGGAAAUUCUUGCUGUGUAUUCCUUGCCCAAGUGUUACUAAACUCUUUUCUCACGUGUCUUGGGUAAGGUAAAUUAGAGCCAGCACUGUGAGAGGACCGAUUUGGGGGAGGAUGUGAACGGACCCUACUCAAUAAAGGCUGCAGUGGUGUCCUUGUAACCUGGAAAGCGAAGGAGGGUGUGAGACUCAUUUCAAACUACUUUGAAGUGUUAAAAAAAA